AUGGCACUACCAACUGAAGUCUUAGGUGUCACUUCGAACUCCCAAAGUGACGAGCUGCCUGUGAACGAUACCGAGAAAGCAAGACACAAACUAGUGAUUAUUGUCGCCGCUUUUAUGCUCAAUUUCUCCGGCUGUGGUCUUCUCUUUAGCUUUGGUAUCUAUCAAUCACUCUACGAAGAAAUGUCGCAAAAAGGGGACAAUCCUUUUACCGGCGCAUCAUCUGCCGAGAUUGCUUUAAUUGGGAGUAUAGCCGCGGCGCUGAUGAAACUGGGGGCACCUUACGUCGUGGCAUGGACAAAAUACUUCAGCCCGCAACCAGUGGUUUGUGCAGGCGGUCUACUCUUCGGCGUUGCAAGCGUACUUGCCAGCUUUGGAAAAGCUUUGUGGCAUUUCCAGCUCACACAAGGCCUCUUAAUAGGCAUCGCCACUUGUCUCUCUUUUAUGCCCUCCAUGACGGUCCCGCCUAGCUGGUUCGGAAAGUAUAGAGGAGCUAACAUGGGUUUCAUUUCAGCUGGGACCGGCAUUGGUGGACUUGUGUGGUCUCCUAUACUCACGGCGUCUAUCCGGAGCAUAGGGUUUCGGAAUACACUUCGCCUUACAGGCUGUAUUUGUACCGUUCUCAUUUGCGCAUCAGGCGCCAUUUUGACGUGGGAACCGAAAAUGGCCGCACGUCUACAUGAAGAAAACAUGAAGCUUACUCGGGUCUCAGGGCUCGUUAAAGUUCCACUUCCUUCUCGCAGCAUUGUGAGGACACGGAAAUUCUUUGCUCAAUGUCUCAAUGCUAUCUUCCAGAGCGCAGCUUACUACACACCGAUCUUCUAUAUUGCAGCAUAUGCCAAAACACUUGGCUAUAGCGAGGCAGACGGCUCAAAUUUCACUUCACUGAGCAAUGCCUGUAACGCUAUCGGCAAAGUCGGAGUUGGUUUCAUUGCAGACAGAAUUGGGCGGCUUGAUUCGUUUUUUCUUACGACUCUUUUGAGUUCUGUGUCAACAGCAGGGCUCUGGAUCCCCAGCACAAUAAUCGGAACAUCCAACAAGUCAACAGGAAAAGGUCUUUUCAUUGGCUUCACGAUUAUCUAUGGACUAUUUGCAAGCGCAUACAUUGGGUUGUUUUCACCCGCACUGGUUGAGAUAUUCGGAAUGGAGAAUUUGCCACGCAUAACGGGAGUCAUGUACAUGCUUCAAGGUGCUGCCGGCUUGGUUGGAACGCCCGUGGCGGGUGUUCUGGUUCAGUCUCUGGGAGGGAGCCUGGCGUCUGAGAACUACUUGUAUAUGGCUGUUUUUGUGGGAGCUUUGAUGGUUGCAUCAACCCUGACUGUCUUCUGGGCACGGACGGAAGUUAUGAUAGAGCGCACUAAUGGGAAGUGGAAAUGGCAGUGGAAACUGUAG